CUAUCCACGAAACGAACGGUCGCGUCUGCGUAUGCGCACGUUUUAUUAGAAAGUGCAUAAAAACUGUGUUCAAGUGUUUAGGGAAAAUGUGGUUUUGUGUUAUUAAUAAAUUGGAUUGCGUUUGUUAAUUCUUAACGCCGCUAUGGGCACGAUGCGAUGAGCCACUUGCUGGUGGCACUCGCGUUGUUGACGGCGGAGGCGGCCCAUGGGCAACUGCGGCCGGCCGACGCGCCGCCGCCUCUGAACGACACACGAUGCGGUUCAGAAUGCGUGAGAUGCUCAGCUGACGGAUGCAUUAAAUGUGCGCGCCUUCUCAUAUGGCCAGGAGGGUCAUGCGCCCACGAGUGUCCAUCAGGGACCCGAGAAUCUUGGGCACACGAUGACCAGCUCAUGGGCAGAGUCUGCUACCCAGGGCAUGUGUAUCACGAAAUAUUAAUUGGCGGCGCGUGUGGAGUAGCUGCCUGUAUAAUUUUAGUAGCUGUGGGAGCUGCCUACGCACGAUGCAAGAAAAGGCCGCACGCGCAUCCUCUACCGCAACCAAAUCACGAUGACGACGCGCAACUAAGAGAAUUUCACAAACAGCUGGACUGUUUACGACCUCACGCAUACACUCUGCUAGCUAUACUCAACCACACGAGGCACCAGGUGCGAGAGCUCUACCAGCUCGGGAAUAAUGAUGCUGCAAUGGCUUAUAGCUGUGUCUUGAGUGAUCUGGCAAAGCUACUAAUACUGCUGAACAAACAGCAGAUACCUGUGGUGCCUGAAGAAUGGUCUAGACUUGCGAGCUGGGCUGAUCGAAUACUCAAACGCUACAGUCGUCUUGGUAUUAAUCAGUCAUUUCAACAAACAGAACUCGUGAACUUGUCGUCCCCACCGAGCCAGCGGUCAGAUGAUACCACUCAAUCAUUCUCCACCUUCAAACCUCCCUCAUAUUCUCCUACAUCCUACGAUAGUCAUAUUUUAGAUAAGGAAAACCCGUGGAAUGGAAGACCACCAAGUUACUCUCAAAUAGAAACAGAGUCCAUAGUACUCACAGAUCCCUGGGAGAGACGACCAAUUGUAAGAAGAGAAAGUGUUUGGCUAGAAGACGAGUUAUUUGAGAUGACCAGACGACCCCAAGACGAACUUACCACAGAGUUGUAGUUAUAUUCUAGAUUAAGAUACAUUUGUUAAUAUAUUUAAGAUGUUAUGUUAUCAGAAACUUAUUGGUAACUUAUAUUUAUUAAAUAAUAAAUAUGAAACUAGAAAUGUAAUAAGGUUUCAGCGAUAAUAAGAUAAAGGAAUUUAAUAAAAUGCCUAAAUGGAAACAUUAGAAUAUACAAUGCAAAUUAUCUAUGUAUAAAUUAACAGUCAAAAAUAUAUGAAAGUACAAAGGUAAGUUAUUACUGAUUUUUAAAAAUGUUGGUAAAAUACAUAUUGUCAAAUAAAUUCUCGUAGUGGGAAACACUACAAUUGGAACUAUCAACUAGUCUUAAUAGAAUGAGAAAAAAACUUCAUACUUUAGCAACAAGCCUACGUUUUAGGCAUAAAUAUAAAAAAGAAACUAUGAAAUCUAAAUUAUUCUAGUGACGAAGUGAAAUCAUCUUUUUCGUCUGGUUUCCUACAUACAUAUUAUGACGUAUAACGUAUGUUGUUUAAUAUUUAAUUCUUUAGGAAUCAAUUUGUACCUGUUUAUUAAUAUAAUUUAAAUUGCAAUAAAGUGUUAAUUGCAACUAGUAACAUCGAGAAAAUAAUAAACCGCGA